CUAUCCUGGCGCGCACGGAGCGCCAGCAGUGGGGAGGCGGGCUCGGCUUUUAAUCUCCAUUAAACCCGCAGUUUCAGUCUCAGCCCCGAUUUGAGCGCUUGUUCCUCUCGCCGGCUGUGGGCCACGGCUCCUUAAUCCUCCCCGGAGAUGAGAGGUGCCUGUGCCCAGCUCUGCCAUCCUGCCGGAGGCCUUUAAUGAGUGUCCCGAUGUGCAUGGCCGCCCUCCCCUGCCGCCGGCCUCCCCGCUUCCCUCUGCCAGUGUCGGAUGUGCGCGCUCUCUGCGCCCGCCCAGCCGCUGCUCGACACCACAAGCGGCUGCCCGCUCCCUGCGUCAGCGCGUCCCGCUCGGAGCCGCAGCGCAGCACCGUCUGAGGGAGGUUAGGCCAGGACAGGCGGCAGCGGAGCCCCGACACCAGCUUCGCCUCCCAUCCACCCCGCAGCCGCCAUGGAGCUGCUGUGCUGUGAGCUGGAGACCGUGAGGAGGGCGCUGCCCGACCCCAGGCUGCUGCACGAUGAGCGGGUGCUGCACAAUUUGCUGGCGCUGGAGGAGCGCUGCCUGCCGGCCUGCUCCUACUUCAAGUGCGUCCAGCAGGACAUCCAGCCCUUCAUGCGGAGGAUGGUGGCCACCUGGAUGCUGGAGGUCUGCGAGGAGCAGAAGUGUGAGGAGGAGGUCUUUCCUUUGGCAAUGAAUUACCUGGACAGAUUCUUAUCGAUUGUUCCAACUACCAAAUGCCACCUGCAGCUGCUCGGAGCGGUCUGUAUGUUCCUUGCAUCAAAGUUCAAAGAGACUAUUCCUCUAACAGCAGAAAAGCUUUGCAUUUACACUGACAACUCUAUCAGACCACGUGAGCUUCUGGAGUGGGAGUUGGUAGUUUUGGGAAAGUUGAAGUGGAACCUUGCAGCAGUGACUCCACAUGACUUCAUUGAACACAUCCUGAAGAAGCUUCCGCUUCCUAAAGAUAAGCUGCACUUGAUCCGAAAGCAUGCACAGACCUUCAUUGCCCUUUGUGCCACAGACUUCAAAUUUGCCAUGUAUCCACCAUCAAUGAUUGCGACUGGAAGUGUGGGGGCAGCAAUAUGUGGACUUCAGCUUGAUAUUGGCAACAGUUCACUUUCAAGUGACAACCUGACAGAUCUCCUGGCCAAGAUCACACACACAGAUGUGGAUUGCCUGAAAGCUUGCCAGGAGCAGAUUGAAUCAUUGCUGGUCAGCAACCUGAGACAAAUUCAGCAGCACCAACAGCAGCAGGACCCUUCAAAGAGGGUGGAUGAACUGGACCAGGCCAGCACUCCCACAGAUGUGAGAAAUGUAAAUCUGUGAGGCUGCUGGAAUGGAAAAGGCUGUGUGAGAUCUUCCCUUUAGGAAGAAAUCUUUUUGUUUUUCCUUUUUAAAAAUGCUCCCACAUAGAAACUAUCUAAAGCUUCUUUUAGAAAAAAAACUGAUAUUAAAAACUCUGGUGCCUAUGGUGUUCUGCAGAAGGGAAUCCCACCUUAUUUGUUUGCAUAAUUGCUGUUAUAUUAUCAAUGAUGAACAUGCUUAAAAAGCAUAAAAUAGCUAGCUAAAUGCAGGCCUGUGUAUGUGGGAUCAAAUGAUUAGAUAUUUACUGUUCUAUUUUAUGGUGCAUGCACCCUCUUCAGAUAUAAGAAAAAUUGUGGCUCAAUUUAGAUUGCAAAGCAAUAGCCUGAGGGAUUGGGGAGGGUUGCUGGAAAAUAGUCUUCUCUUUUGUGAAUGAACCAUUUUCAGUUUAGAAGGAAUGUAACUGCCUUAACAUAUUGAACCUUUUAUCUUCCAGUGAAGUUUAGUUAUUGACAGAAUUGCUACUCUGUUGAUAUAUGUUUUGCCUUAAAUAAUUAGUGUUUGUAUGGAAGGUUCCUAUUUAAACCAACUUUAACCCCUCUAUGUGUCUUAGAUGUUUUAUAUAUUUCCUUACCAUAUGUAUGUAUGUCUCUUCUACCUAUUGUCAGUAUUUCUGCAUGACACUCGCUUUUCCCCAUGUCUGUCUGUUUCUUGUCUCUUUUCCCCAUCUUUCUCCAUGUGUCUUUCUCUCUCCUUUUUCCCACAUGUGUCUUUCUCCUGUUCUUUCCCCCAUAUGUCUGUCUGCCUUUGUACCGGUUUCACUUUUCUGCAUGUGUAUCUUGUUUCACUUUUCUGUUUGUCAGUUUCAGUUUGUGUAUGUCCCUGUCUUUUCCCUGUAUCAUCUGUUUCUGAUUUUAUUCUAUCUCAUUUCUCCCUCCAUCAAUGUAUGUCUCUAACUCUUUCUGAUUCCUUCUUCAGAAAUGGUUCAUUCUACUCACAGCAGCAUUGUUAGCUGCUCCUCUAACUGUGGGCCAAACUUGAAUGUGUCCAGGGAACUCCUGGUCCAAUUGCCUGUCAGCUGAUUACACUGCCAUAGAACUGUGCAUUAGAAGACAUAACACAGGGUUGUCCAGAUUGAUGUAAGUCUUUUGGUCAUCACUAUUGAUCUUGCAGGGAGAUUUCAACUGUGAUUACCUAGCAUUUUGUGUGAAGAGCAAAGAAACUGAACUAUAUCCUUCCACUUGAAAAGCGGCAUAAAACUUGUCAAAGAGAAAAACUUCCAAACGUUUGUUUUUUGUGCAGACAUUGGCCCACAGUUAGCAUUAUUGUAAACCAUUUCAUUUGAAAAGCACUUUGAAUAUAUUUCCUAAGGGAUGGAUGGAAUGGUUUAUGAAAUUGACUUGUUUUUGUUUCCCAGUAUCUGGUGUAUUAUAUAAUUAUGGUGUUGCUGGAAAAAGAAACAACACUUUGUAUGGAAGACAUUCCAGUUUGGGUUGCAACAUUCCGCAGAUCUUCAGUAACUUCAUGUAUUUUCAGUGUCACAGAAGGAUCUUGUGUGCCACAGGUGUACCGAGCCUUGGACAUUUGGAUGAGAAUCAUUGCUGGUGCAAGAAGCAGCAAAUACCAUGGUUCACAACUUGUUGUUAUUUGAGAAAAUUUGUAUUCAGUCUACUUGAAUUUUUCUGCUCCAUCGUUAGGGCAUGGAUGGUAAAGAGUUGGGGCGGUGUUUAUUUGCACAUGUUUUGUAACAGUCUGAAAUUUGCAAAAUGAAGCUAUUGAUUGAAAUGUUGAACUAGGGGUUUGUGAAAGGCAGGACUAAAGAGAGUAUUUGGGGGAAAUAGAUUUUUGCUGAAUUGACACAGCCUGACGUGGGUUGAUGAGGGUAGAAAAUGGAGUACGAAUCUUUAUUUUGCGCUGCUAUGAAAAGCUAUGAUUUUUUUCAUUCUUAUUCACAUUAACAGUACUUGGCUGUAUUGUUUCACUGAGUGUGCUGCUAUUUUAUAAACAUUUUUAUAAUAUAUUAUUUUACCGCUUAAGUUUCAAAAUCCUGAAGUAGUGGGUAAUGGAAAAUGAGUACAUUGAUUUACUGGAAGUGCCCAUGUACAGUUUUUUCCAGUAUUGUUUCAUGAUUUUCUUUUUGUCACAUUCUGCAAAGACAGCAUAGUUACCUCAGGUUUACUGGACAAUAAAAUGGUUCAUAUUCACAAUACCUCACACUUCUACAGUUUUUGGGGAGCCUUACAGGCUUCGUUGCUAUAAAGAGAUAUGGUUGGGCACACUGUAGUACAGUGCUGCCUCAGCUGAGAUGCACAAGCAGGUUGCACAGGCGUAUGGCUCCCUUCUGGGCUCAGUAACAUUACCAUGUACCUCAUUUACUUUCAGAUGCACAACUCUGUUCUUAAACUUUUUGCUUUACUGAGUGUGAUGCCAUAUCAAUACAAUGUUAUUCUCUCACAAUGUUCUCUUAUGUUUUGUUAUUCAUAUGGUUAGGGAUGAGUAGAGAGCAUUUAUAGUUUGAGUACAAUGUGGAAAACUUGUGGGAGUAUAUGAUCAGUUGAUUUGUGAAGUGUUUGUUCAGUAUUGAAAAGGCUUUUUUAUUCAACUUAUAAUGACUUUGGAUCAUAAUGGUUUUAUGGUGUGAAGGAAAUAGACAAGUCUUACGGACAAUAAAGUCACUUGGUCUAAAGUG